UCUAGGCCACAGUAUUGUGAUCUAUUUAGCCAUGGGCGAGGUCGGCGGGUUUUAUUUGACCAAUUUUGUGAUUCAGAGGGCUACAGAAAGAGUGCUGGAAACGCCUAUGCUUAUGUAUUUCUGACGUUGGUGUGUUUUAUUUGAGGCGGAGCUAGAGACCACUGACACGUAAGGAUCCUGCAUUAAUUCCAAGGGAGAAGCUACAUAGGCCUACAUCUUUUUAGUCGAGAAGAAUGUCCUUUUUAAAUACAACCAGCUGCUAAUGUUUUCUAUUCGGGUUGAUGCAUAAAAUUACCCAACGAGUCGCACAUUAGGGUGCGUGUAGGCUGGCGACGUAGUCUAAAGUCAACGUUGAAAAUGAGAUUUGCAAUGUUUAUUUCUCUGCUGAGGCCGAUCGGCCCGGUUAUUAUCGGUGUUUCUUUGGGAUUUACCUUGAGUUUACUUAGUGUGAAUUGGGUAGAGGAAACUUGUGUCCUCGACGGGAAAGCGAGUGAAGAAAUACGUUUGGCCCAAGAUGGGAAUUCAAAAGGAGCGAGGAGACCCAAUUCGAUAUCGACUGUGGAUGCCGAGGAAGAUUUUGAGCCAAGAAUAGUGCCAUAUAAACCAGUCCAACAAAGCCAAACAAAGCAACUUUUUCGGGCUAAGUACAUCAGUACAGAGCUGGGGAUCCGGCAGCGCCUCUUCGUAGGGAUCCUGACGUCCAAAAGCACCAUCAACACAUUGGGGGUGGCCGUGAACCGCACCAUCAGCCACCACCUGGACACUGUGGUCUUCUUCACCGGCAUGCGCAACCGCAAAGUGCCCCACGGCAUGUUCGUGGUCACCCAUGGGGACGAGAGGCUCAUAUGGAACAUUUUCCAGACCAUCAAGUACAUCUUGGAGCACUACGUCCAUGAGUAUGACUGGUUCUACCUGGCCCAGGACGACACCUACACCGAGGCAGACCGGAUCCAACAGCUGGUGGAUCAUCUGAGCAUAGACCGGGAGCUUUACAUGGGCAGACCUGAGGAGUUUAUAGGUGGGGAGAUGGAGGGCAGGUACUGCUACGGUGGGUUCGGAUACCUCCUGUCCCGUACCCUGCUGCUCCGGCUCAAACCCUUCCUGGAGAACUGUAGGAAUGACAUCCUGAGCGCCAGGCCUGACGAGUGGCUGGGCAGAUGCAUCAUUGAUUAUGCCAACACCAACUGUGUGGCUGAGCAUGAGGGGCUGCAGUACUACCAUUACGAGAUGGGCAAGAACUCGGAUCCGAGUAAGGUGAAGAAUGUGCAGUUUAAUAAUGCCUUGACUGUCCACCCGGUAUCUGACCCUGAGCAGAUGUACAGACUACACAAACACUUCACUGAAAUCGAACUUCGGAGGACAUACGAUGAGAUCGAGAAGUUGCAGGCAGAGAUAAAGAAUGUUAGCAAAGUGGCUUUUGAUGGCAACCGGAGCGCCCAGUGGCCCGUUGGGAUCAAUCCUACGUUUGAGCCGAAGUCCCGUUUUGAGGUCAUCCGAUGGGACUACUUCACAGAGGAGCAGGUCUAUUCAUGCAUUGACGGCUCCCCCAAGUGUGAACUGCGUGGCAUUGAUCGGUUGGAUGUGGCCGACGUCAUCGAGAGAGCCAUGGGGGAGCUGAACAAGAAGUACAAGCCUGUCCUCCACCUGAAGAAGCAGCAGCUGAUCAACGGCUACCGCCGCUUCGACCCUACUCGGGGCAUGGAGUACACCCUGGACCUGCUGCUGGAGGUGGUCAACCAGAAGGGCCGCAGUCGCUCCAUCACCAAGAGGGUCCACCUGGUGCGUCCCCUGAGUCGCAUCGAGAUCAUCCCCAUGCCUUACGUCACAGAGGCCACCAGGGUUCACGUCAUCUUGCCAUUGACUUUUCAGGAACGGGGUGCCGUCAACCAUUUUCUAGAAGUGUUUGCCACAAAUUUGUUUGAGACCAGUGACAACGCCAUCUUGACUUUACUGUUUAUCUACGACCCAUUCGAGGCCCAGCAGGUCAACCAGAAUGACAUAUUCACCAGUGUUAAAGCGCAGAUCAAUGCAUACGAACGCAAGUAUCCGGCAGUGAAGAUCCUGUGGAUAAGUGUCAAGACAGAAACCCCUUCUCAAAUCAAAUUCAUGGACAUAAUUUCCAAGAAGCACCCAGUAGACACGCUGUUCUUCAUCACCAACGUCAACACCAACGUCAACUCCGAGUUCCUCAACCGCUGCCGCAUGAACUCCAUCAACAACUGGCAGGUAUUCUUCCCAAUCCACUUCCAGGACUACAACCCAGACAUUGCCUUCCACAAUCAGGAGCCCCCACCCACAGUAGACCUGGUCAAGGACGCCGGACACUUUGACCGCAGUUCUUUCGAGGAGGCGUGCUUCUACAACUCCGACUACAUGGUGACGCGCACGCGCAUGGCCUCCGACGUGCAGGAGAACGAGGAGAUCAUGGAGACCUUGGAUAUCUACGACAUGUUUGUCAGGUACUCCACCCUGCAUGUGUUCAGGGCUGUGGAGCCGGCUCUGCACCAGAAGUACCACUACCAGGCCUGUAACCCGCAGCUUAGUGAGGACAUCUACCACAGGUGUGUCCAGAGCAACCUGGAUGGCCUGGGAUCACGUUCCCAGCUCGCCAUGCUGUUAUUUGAACACGAGCAAGGAAAUAGCACUUGAUCACCAGCCCCCUUAGAAACUUGACCUAGUAUGUGUGUGAUUGUGUGUAUGCGUGAGUGUGAUGUGUGUAUGAGUGUGUGUUUGUUUUAAAACUAAUGCAGUACAUUCCUAAGUGGAAACCUUUUUUUUUUUUUACUAAAUGUUUACAAUAAAAAUGUGCUGUCCGUACAGAAAACGAUGGUGGAACCAAAUGUGGUUUAAACAUUCGGAUUUGGUGGUCAUGCUGGUCAUCUCAUUAUUUUAACACUUUACAAAAGUUCUACAUACCUUUGUGGCUCUUGAGGGUAUGGCUUUAAACCUGCACAGCUUUUGAUGCUUGGUCAUUUGCAGUUUAGUAAUCACUACUAAAGCACAUCUGUGUGCCUUUAAAAAAAAUGUUUUAACCGUCAGUCAGUCCUCUUGUAUUUUCAUGUCCGUUAUCAUAUCAAGCAAAAUAAGUAGAGAUUUUUUACAUUGUAUACAUUUGAUCAAUAUUUGAGUCCUUUCCUUUCACAUUACACUUCUCACAUUUGAAUGAAUGAGCUGGCAUCUGCAAUAUAGAUUCACUCUACUCGCAUGUUAACGGGAAGGAAGCUUUACGGCACUGACGUCAUCAGAUGCAGAAUGAGAUUACUGUUGGGUUGAGAGGAUUGGAUGGUAUGUGUUGGUUGGUACAGUAGGUUCCCAUAGGGUGACAUCACAAACAAGCCUGUAGAUGUAGAGCCUCUUCAGGAGGUUACAGUAAAAAGAGAACGAUAUGAUUGUCUCUUAUUUAGAAUAGGGAAUUAUGUAAUAUUUAUCCAUUACAUUUAUAUAUGCAACGUUCUGAAUGUUUUAACUCUGAAUACACACACCCCUGGUCAGAUACGUUUGACUGAAGAUAUUUUGUGAGAGUCCUUGUUGAGAGGCUAACGCACAGUUCAGACGCUGAAAUGUUGGUUAAUCGAAUGGAAUAGAAAUUAAGAGGUUGAAAGGUUUUGCUUGACAUACUGAUUGGUUUCAUACUACAACCGCUUUCAACACUACAGACUUCCUUGUAGGCUUUGGGUCGAAUUCAGGCACAACACCUAUUGUUUUAAAGAAGUUCAUUGCACAAAAAGGACAAAGACAGACGAUUCCCACACCUAUGCAGCGCGGAUGAUAAUGUUUGAAAAGGUGAAUAUGAUCGGUUUAAUGUGUAUAUUAUAGGGAUGGGCAUUUUACAAUUGUUGAAAGUUCGUGGACCCCUUUUAACCCAAAUCCUAAUUGCCCUAAUAUAUUAAAACAAUAAAAAUGCAAGUGCCAUUUUAAAAUUAAUUUAUUGAAGCCGUAAUAUCAACUGGUUAUAUUAUAUCAUGGAACACAAUCUUCAAAAAGGCCGUAACCUCCGCAUUUGCGCUUGCUUGUAGAACCCUGUGGCUGUUCAAUGGCUUAGCCUUUUGUUAAUUUAGCAGACAAUACGCUCUUAUUUCCCGAGCCCUUAUCAGUCAAAACACAUAUUUCAUAGUUUAAAAUAUAUUACAUCGUUUUUAAAAUGGAACAGAAUAUUUUUCAAACUGGAAAAAAAAGUUGCCAGUGCAAAGUGAUGCUCAUUGCAUGUGGAACAGUUAUCACCAGUGAUCAUUUGACACGUUUCUUAAUAGAAGAACACUCACAUUGAACACUGCAUGGUGAUGCAUUAUGGCCACAUCUUUUUAUCGAGUAGGCAUAUACUUGUUUAUUCAGAUGAAAAUACGCUCUUUGUCGUCAUCAAACUAAUGUUUUGAAGAUGUUAAGUGUGGAACCUGUAUGUUUAGGGGGGUUAUAGCCUAGGCUAACAGAUUCUAAAUGGCACCAACAGUUCGCAAAGUAACUUAAGCGGAAAUAGUCAGAACACAACUAUUCCAAAACUGCAGCUCGUUCCUGGAACACAUUUUCCAACUUCAAUCAACCAGUCCAUUUUGAAUUUGUAACUGUGUUCAUUUGGCUUGGAAUGUAGCUUGUGUAUCCAAUCCGUUAGAUACGUGUUUUAUAGGCAUUUUGUUUCUGUAGGCCCAACCGGAGCUUGUGUGGCGGGAUCGGAUCCCUCCACACACGAGACAUUGAGGGAAAGGGGAUUUGGAGAAGAAAUGUGUGACGCUUAGUUUCUUUUGUUGUUGUACCCAGCAAAUGCACAUGUUCAUAUGGAACACAAGAGUCGAGGCAAAUUUGAACGUUGUCUAAAGAUAAAAUGUCACUUGCCUGAGUUUUACAGUGGGCUAUUUGGAGAAAAAAAAGUGAUCUCUGGUUAAAUAUAGAGCUUUUACGUCCGUUGCAGUACUAAUUUACUCAUGCCUACUCGGUUAACGCAACGUGUCUUCAGAUUUCCUGUCUCCCAGUCUCCUCAAACUUAAUAUAAACCAUGAUGUUAGCUAUAUUACUGCAACGUAUGUUAUAUUUUUUCCCCCCGAGAUUGCAAAUAAAUCUGUACGUUGUAGUGCCCAUCGGUUAUGAAUGUUUCAACCUGUGUCGAGAAGGGGCACACUCUAAAGUGAUUUUCGUACCAAGUUACGAGAGCAUUUUCGCUAACCCUUUUCCUCAGGCUCCUUACUUGCUGCCUUAAAUCUCCCACCCCACUGUGUAAGUUAUCCUAACCUGCUACGAAAAAGUGGCGUAAAAAUAAUUGCCCGUGUUGAGAAGUUGUUUUUGCCGUCUGUUCAGGGUUUCAAAGAUCACCAAAAACGACUAACCAUGAGCAUUAGCGUUUCAGCCGCCACAGAAACAGACCCUGGGUCUGUUCUAACGUGACCAACAACCUGGGUGCCUAUUUCUCCCGACAGGGGAAUAAUUGCUCUUGCGCUCUAUGAAACGGAUACGCUCUUCACCCGUUCCGCGCCGAAAGAGCGGCAGAGAAGUCAGAAGGAGUGGCAGGCACCCUAGUGGUUAGAUUGUUGGGCCAGAAACCUAAAAGUUCCUUGAUCGAAUCCCCGAGCUGACAAGGUAAAAAUCUGUCGUUCUGCCCCUGAACAAGGCAGUUAACCCACUGUGCCCAGGCUCUCAUUGUAAUUAAGAAUUUGUUCUUAACUGACUUGCCUACUUAAAUAAAAUAAAAACACAAUUUCAGAUGGCACUCCAUGCCCGCUCUUCCAUAGAGAAAGUGAUGAUUUUUUUUUUUUUUUGUGCACCGAUAGAGCAGUGUUUGAACUUGGGCAAGGUGUGACUGGACUAGUUCACAGUAGUUUCGGUGUGUUACACACAUGUAAUCUCAAUAUUUUUAAAGUAGGUAUUUGAAAUCAGUUGAACAAGACUGCAGUUAUUAAAAAUAAGAAUUUGUUCUUACCUGACUUGCCUAGUUAAUAAGGUCAAAUAAAUUAAAUUGUGGUAUGUACUGUAGAAGUUGGCAUUCAACAUUGUUACAUUACAUUUCUAUUACAUCAGAAUAUACCUGAAUAUACACUACCAGUCAAAGUUUUUAGAACACUUACUCAUUUGUACUAUUUUCUACAUUGUAGUAUAAUAGUGAACACAUCAACUAUGAAUUAACACACAUGGAAUCAUGUGUUAAACAAAUCAAAAUAUAUUUGAGAUUCUUCAAAUACCCACCCUUUGCCUUGACAGUUUUGCACACUUGACUCUCUCAACCAGCUUCACGAGGUAGUCACCUGGAAUGCAUUUCAAUUAACAGGUGUGCCUUGGUUAAUUUGUGGAAUUUCUUUCCUUAAUGUAUUUGAGCCAAUCAGUUGUGUUGGGGGGGGGGCAUUCCAUGUUAUGGCAAGAACAGCUCAAAUAAGCAAAGAUAAACAGUCCAUCAUUGACUGACCUUCGUGUCUGAAAGUAAUCUGGAAAAUGUCAAGAAGUUUCUUCAAGUCCAGUUGCAAAAACCAUCAAGCACUAUGAUGAAACUGGCUCAUGAGGACUGGCAAAGGAAUGUAAGACCCAGAGUUGGCUCUGCUGUAGAGGAUAAGUUCAUUAGUUACUAGCCUCAGAAAUUGCAGCCCAAAUAAAUGCUUCUGAGUUCAAGUAACAGACACAUCUCAUCUCACAUCUCAACAUCAGCUGUGAAUCAGGCCUUUCAUGGUCGAAUUGAACACCAAUAAGAAGAGACUUGCUUGGGCAAAGAAACACAAGCAAUGGACAUUAGACCGGUGUAAAUUGGUCCUUUGGUCUGGAGUCCAAAUGGGAGAAUUCUAGUUCCAACCGCCUUGUCUUUGUGAGACAUGGUGUGGGUGAACGAAUGAUCUCAGCAUGUGUAUUUCCCACCAUAAAGCAUGAUGGAGGAGGUGUUAUGGUGUGAGAGUAGUUUGCAGGUGACACUCUGAUAUAUUUAGAAUUCAAGGUACACUUAACCAGCAUGGCUCCCACAGCAUUCUGCAGUGAGACACCAUCCCAUCUGGUUUGCGCUUCGUGGGACUAUAAUUUCGUUUUUCAACAGGACAAUGACCCAACAAACCUCCAGGCGGUGUAAGGGCUAUUUGACCAAGAAGGAGAGUGAUGGAGUGCUGCAUCAGAUGACCUGGCUUCCACAAUCCCCCAACCUCAAACAAAUUGGGAUGAGUUGCACUGCAGAGUGAAGGAAAAGCAGCCAACAAAUGCUCAGCAUAUGUGGGAACUCCUUCAAGACUGUUAAAAUCAUUCCAGGUGAACCUGGUUGAGAGAAUGCCAAGAGUGCAAAGCUGUCAUCAAGGCAAUGGUUGUCUACUUUGAAGAAUCUCAUAUUUUUUAACACUUUUUUUGGGUGGGGGGUUACUAAGUGAUUCCAUAUGUGUUAUUUCAUAGUUGUGAUGUCUUCACUAUUCUACAAUGUAGAAAAUAGUAAAAAAAUAAGAAAAACCCUUGAAUGAUUAGAUGUUCUAAAAAUGUUGACCGGUAGUGUAAGGUAGUUUGAAAUUACAUUUGAUAUUUCCCUGCAACAUUUAUGGAAGUAAAAAAAUAUAUAUAUUUCAUGUUGAUAAGUAUUAUUAUAUGUAUUUAAAUGGUAUCACAUUGUAGCCCUCAAUAUCUAAUGGUUUGCUAUCAAGCACACCCCAAUUCCCACUCAGUAUUGUGCAACCAGAGGCCUUUUGAGUGGAUGCAGCAGGUACUAGAAACCUGAGUUUGAAAUGUGAGUUUAAGUAAAAUAUGUGCAAUACUGUAUAGAUUACAACAAAAACAUUGACUGUCCAAUCAAGAACAAGGAUGACAUUUUUGUGACGUGUUGCAAGUUGAAUACAUGCUCUAAAUUAUAUUUAUUUAAAACUUAUACCAAGGAAAUAUCCUGUGUAACAACACUGAAUGUGACAUGAACUACAUUGACUUAACUUGCAUUACUGUUUUGUGUGUUAAUACACCACAUUAGAUUUAUAUUGUAUUAUACUGACAAACAAAAUGGACACUGUCUAUCAUGACAUGAAAACCUACUUAAAAUAAAUAACGUAAUUUUCCCUUAA